GCUAUCAAGAAGAAAGUCAAUGACAAGAACCCCCAUGUGGCUCUCUACGCACUAGAGGUCAUGGAGUCUGUGGUCAAGAAUUGUGGCCAGACAGUCCAUGAUGAGGUGGCCAAUAAACAGACUAUGGAGGAGCUGAAAGAACUAUUCAAGGUAGAAGCACCUUGCUCACUUGUUUCCCUCUGGAUGGGGUUGAGAGAGAAAGGUGGAGGCACUGAAACUUAAAUGCAGCAUCUUUCUAGGUCGCUAUUAACACAGAGAGGUCCUUGGGGAUUUGGAAAUGGGGCAGCAGGAGGACAUGGGAGAAGCAGAGUGGGGAGCCCCUGUGUAGAAAUCCAUGUCAGAAGGAACGAGCUGAACUGCUCAGUUGCACCACAGGAUCUGUGUGAAAUUUUUCAUGAAGCAGCUCCAGGAACCAGCUGCUGGGGAGGGAGUAUCAUGAGAGCAAACCUGCUGUCAGACUGUGGAAGGAAUGAUGGGUCACACUGCAGCACAUACUACACUGCUCUUUGGGGCCAUUUGAUGGCAAGUCCUCACCUUGCUAUUGGGCUUGGUUUAGCCAGAGCCAGUGAAGGCGAGUGAAAAUACCCAUCUAUGGGGGUGGACACGCAAGGUGGGGGGGGCUGGUAGGGAGAGGUGCUGGAGGGGGAUGUGGGCUCUCUUUCCAUAACCCAAGAUGAGAUGGAAAGUUUAAAAUGGAUAAAGAAACCCCUUUACUCUGAGUGCAUAACUAAUCUAUGGGACGAGCUGCUGCAGGAUGUUGCCGUCAAGCCAAUAGCUGAGCAAGAUUCAGAACUAAGCUUUGAUCAGAUAUGAACAAGAACACCACGUUCAGUGACAUCAGUGGGAUGAUGCUCGCUUUCCAGGGCACAAGUGCCUCUCCAGCUGGGUGGAGGCAGGAAGAUGUUCUCCUCCUGCUCCAUCUCCAAGGCACACAGUGGGACAGGAGUACGCAGCUGAGUUCAGUAAAGGGAUUUUUACUCCUUCCUCUGUAGCAUCUACCACUGGCUGCUAUCCGAGGCAGGUGACUGGCCAUGUCUAGCAGCUCCUGUAUGAGCUUUGCUAAUUCUGUCAUCUCAAACACUGAAGCGGGGUCUCUUCUCCUACUAUCCUCUUCCUAGGAAGAGGCUGGCCUAGUUCAACUAUAGAUGUGGCCUGACAUAGUAACUGCUGCCUUGAGCCUGGCCUCUCUUGACUUACAAUGGCAGCCACUAAGUUAAGUGGCAGGGGCUGGUUUUCUGACAGCCCUGGUAUCCUAGAGUUCAGUGCGGCUUGAGCGUACCUUCUGUGCUGCGGGGGAGGGUGUGUGCUUAUGCACUUGGGGUUCCCCAGACCUGUGCAGAUGGGGGGCUCUGAGUCGGUCCAUUUGAGCCCUGGGGCAGCCUCUCCUCAAGGGUGCUUUCUGUCUCCUGGGCUCUGUGGGUUGCUAAUGCAAAGCAUCUGUUAUGUCACAGUCACUGCCUCUCUGGUGACUGACACCAUAUUGAACACAGGCUCAUGGACUGCUCAGAGGGGCUUUGGGGUAGGUAUUGAGCUUCCCAAAUAUAGGAUCAGAUCAACAGUCUCUGAUUCUGCUCAGGUUCUUAUGUGAGCAGUGCUCAGAGCUCCCUAAAUGCCCAAGGUGCGUUCUUGCUCAUUACUUUAGGGACUCUCACUUUUCUGAAUCCCUUGGCUGUGGGGGUUCUGUCGUCCCUCUCUUUGUGGUGCAGGCUCCUCUCAGGUCUGUCUGAGUUUGGAGCUGCAGAUGUCUCUACAAACCUGUACUGAACUCUCCCACAAUUGAAUGUGAAGCUUGAGAGUGCUUGGAAUCUGCUUCUCAGCUUGCUGAGGGAAUUUCCGGAGCAGUCAGUCAUGUGAUUUGGUGAUGACAUGAUCAGCUGAUGGCCGGGCCCCUCCUGCCUGCUGAAGGUCAGGAAUUCCUCCUGUUGCCUGGGGUAUGUUUGGAGUGUUCCUGGCAGGGUAGGGUUGUGAACUGGAGUUAGUGUCUGUGAGCUGGAGGAUGCUGGGACCCAGAGCCAAGGCAGGUUGCAUUUCUCAGCCUUUGUGGCUAAUGAGAAGUGAUUAGUCCUUCUCAAGAAUUGCUGUGACUGCAUGGUGACAGUUCCUGCUGAUGCGAGUGAAUCGAGGAUGCUUGGAUACCCUGAGAAAUUAGCCUGGCCUUCAUAGAUGGGGAGCAACUAGGAAAGACCUUUGGGGGCAAGUGGGGUGCAAUCAAGGUGCUUUGGAGAAGGAUCCCAUUCUCCAUGCUGAGCCCUGCUGCCCUGGGGAACACCUUGGUCCAAAGGACUUUGGUCUCAUGUUCUUUUCUUGGGUGGUGUUCAGCCAUCCUGUUAGGGGAGGGGGCGAAGUGGGCCAUGCAUUUGCCUCUAAUACAGUGCUCUUCCAUUGUUCGGUGCCUUAUGUGAGUGGGGUGAGUCCUCCCCAGUAUCCUGGUCUCUGUGAGCAGUGCCUUGCUGGCCUGUUUCGUGUUGGCCCCUCACUCCACGGUAUGCGUGUCUCACCAGGACACAGUGGAGGGUCAUGUGUUCCCAGAAUUCAAGGAGAGUGAUGCCAUGUUUGCUGCAGAAAGGGCCCCUGACUGGGUGGAUGCUGAAGAGUGUCACCGAUGUCGAGUGCAGUUUGGGGUCGUGACCCGCAAGCAUCACUGCCGGGCCUGUGGGCAGAUCUUUUGUGGAAAGUGCUCUUCCAAGUACUCCACCAUCCCUAAGUUUGGCAUUGAGAAGGAGGUGCGGGUGUGUGAGCCCUGCUACGAGCACCUCAACAAGAAAGCUGACGGCAAAACGGCUGCCACCACUGAGCUGCCACCCGAGUACCUGACCAGCCCCCUUUCUCAGCAGUCCCAGCUGCCCCCAAAGCGUGACGAGACAGCCCUGCAGGAGGAGGAGGAGCUCCAGCUGGCCAUCGCCCUCUCGCAAUCAGAGGCUGAGGAGAAGGAGAGGAUGAGACAGAAAACGACCUACUCCGUGUACCCGAAGGCUGAGCCCACACCUGUCACCUCAACCGCACCCCCUGUCAGCACCCUCUACUCCUCCCCUGUGAACUCCUCUGCUCCGCUGGCUGAGGACAUCGACCCCGAGCUGGCUCGAUACCUGAACCGUAACUACUGGGAGAAGAAGCAGGAGGAGGUUCGUAAGAGCCCCACCCCAUCUGCUCCACUGUCCCUCUCAGAGCCAGCCGCCCAGCCUGGGGAAGCUCAUCCCAUCCCGCUCAGUGUCGUGGAGCAGCAGUACCAGAAUGGGGAGUCCGAGGAGAACCACGAGCAGUUCCUGAAGGCUCUGCAGAAUGCUGUCACCACCUUCGUCAACCGUAUGAAGAGCAACCACAUGCGGGGCCGCAGCAUCACCAAUGACUCAGCCGUGCUCUCCCUCUUCCAGUCCAUCAACAACAUGCAUCCCCAGCUGCUGGAGCUGCUCAACCAGCUGGAUGAGCGCAGGUUGUACUAUGAGGGCCUGCAGGACAAGCUGGCACAGAUCCGGGAUGCCCGCGGGGCCCUGAAUGCUUUGCGGGACGAGCACCGCGAGAAGCUGCGCCGGGCGGCCGAGGAGGCAGAGCGCCAGCGCCAAAUCCAGCUGGCACAGAAGUUGGAGAUCAUGAGACAGAAAAAGCAGGAGUACCUGGAGAUGCAGCGGCAAUUGGCCAUCCAGCGGCUGCAGGAGCAGGAAAAGGAGAGGCAGAUGCGCCUGGAGCAGCAAAAGCAGACUAUCCAGAUGAGAGCCCAGAUGCCAGCUUUCUCUCUGCCCUAUGCCCAGCUCCAGGCCAUGCCAGCAGCAGGAGGGGUGAUCUAUCAGCCAUCCGGUCCCACCAGCUUCCCAGGCACCUUCAGCCCCGCAGGCUCUGUGGAGGGCUCUCCCAUGCACAGUGUGUACAUGAACCAGCCAGCUCCAGGCAGCACUGGCCCCUAUGCACCAAUGCCUGUUGCAGGGGCAGGUGAGAGCCUGGGCCAAGCAGAGGUAGGCAGGGUUGGAAUGCAGCACCAGUCACCUCACUGCGCCCUCUCUGCUCCAGAUCCCAACAUGGUGAACGCCUACGUGUACCAGGCAGGCGCAGGAAGCGGGCAGGCAGCGCCGCAAGGGCAGGUGGUUCCCACCACCAACCCAGCCUACUCCUCGUAUCAGCCGACUCCGACGCAGGGCUACCAGAAUGCUGCGUCCCAGUCGCAGAGCAUCCCUGCCAUCUCGCAGGCCCCACAGUCUGGCACCAUGGGCUACAUGGGGAGCCAGUCUGUCUCCAUGGGGUACCAGCCCUACAACAUGCAGGGCCUCAUGUCGACCCUUCCUGGGCAGGAGCCGGCUCUGAGCAGCCUGCCACCCCAGCAGACUUACCUCUCGGGACAGCAGCCCGUGUAUCAGCAGAUGCCGCCCCCAGCAGGCCCCCCCCAGCAGCAGCAGCCUCAGCAGGCCCCAUCGCAGGUACAGCAGGCCCAGGGCAGUGGCGAGGCCCAGCUCAUCUCGUUCGACUGAUCUUGGCGAGGGGGGCUUCCCAGUGUAACACUAUUGUCUGCAGGAACCACUAUGUACUUUAACUAGCCAUUUCUGUCUCUUCCCCGCCCCCCUCCCUGGGGAACGGCCCUGCUCAAGGGGAGGGUGGGACUCUGGGGCCCCACCAGCUGGCAUGCACCCUCUGGCCUGGCAGGGACCUCCCUGCAGCUCUGGCUCCCUGUGGCUUUUUCCCUGCCCUGUCCCCACCUAGCUGAAACGUGCCAUGAUUACUGGAAGUUGUGAACCCCACCCCCACCCCAGCAGGUGGAGAAUGAAUGGGCGCUUAGCCCUUCACGAAGAGAUUUCCACAAGUCAGAGGCUGCAGACUGGCUGCUGGGCUUCCCCUCCAGGGCUGUUUGGGCAGGAUGGUGACUGGGGCCCACUGGGCACCCUCUGACUGGGACCCAGCCCUGAGAAGAGCGAGCAAUAAUUGCACAGGCCAGGGACUCCCUUCCCUGCUCUGCAGCAGGCAAGAGACUUAAACAUGCCCCAAGAACUUGCCCUGACCCUAGGGCAAAUGGGGCAAUGAGAUCUGAUGCAGAGCUGCCCCGUGCACAAAGCACGGCCUCUGCCACUAUUCCUCUCUGCACAGUGCACCAUGGGGCUCCUCCUCUGCCCUAGUAGGAGCCUGGGCCCCGCACCACACCCUGCACCCCCCCCCCCCCCCCCCGAUCCCCUGCCCCUUCAUGGGAGCCUGGCCCUGUGCUUGCAUUCCAUGCUCCUGGGAGCUCAGGCCCUUCCGCAUGACCUAUGCCUAUAUCCUCCACCCCCUCCUUGGGAGCCUGGGCUCUCCCUGCUUUUUGAACACUCAUCUCUCAUACGUAGUGGUGAAGUAGGCAGAAUGGAACCAGUGACAAUAAAAUGUAUUUAAAGA